CAAUACUGAGCAUAGCGUGGAUAAAGUAUAUCGGACUGAUCAGAGGGGUUUUAAAUCUAGAUACACACCAGUAAUCUUUGCCAGGAGACCGUUUAUCAAGUUCAGUUUUUCUCUAGAAUGAUUGAUUUGACGUUGGGAGUCUACACAAGAUAUGCAGAAUAUCGGAGAAUUAGUUGUACUUAUUCUACUGUCAGUCUGUACACAGGAGACCAGGUGUCUUGGUCGUUUUUGUCCAUGGUCAAACAGAACAAUUCAGUACGUUAGUGACUGCCCAAUAACGAAAGAGGAUGUGGACAUGGCUGCCAAUAUCAAGGGUUGUGAAGCCCUGGCUAGGAAGCAGAACUGUACAACAGAUGCUUCAAAAUUCAAAUACCAUUGUGUUAUCAACGACCAGGGAAAUUCCCUUGUGGAGGUUUGCGCUCCAGUGUACUAUAUUCAUGGCUUCUGCACGGAAUUUAAUGUUCAAGGCUUAGUGAUCCAACCUCAUUUCGGAAUACCAUGUAGUAAUAUCACGCCAUGUGCAGAUCGCUACAUAUCAACAUCUGCAUAUCUUUAUCCGAAAUGCUAUGAUGUGAUCAAGAAGCGAACUACCUUUUCACUGAGGAAUGAGACAACGACAUCUCUUUAUAAUACAACUGGCCAUGUUACAACAAAUGAAAGGGUAGACAUCAUAUUGUACUUGCUGAAACCCAUUGUCAUUGUUCUGUUAGUUGCAAUCUCAGUGUUGUUUGGAUGGCUGUAUCGAAGGAAACCAGCACGGAAAUUACAAACAAAUGUGACCCAACAUGGUAGCACUGCUAAAGAAUCCACAAACCUACUACAAGAAAAGGUGAAGAAUAACAAAGAAAAAAACCUAGAAGUUGAAAUUCAUCACGAAAGGAGAAUUUCUGAAAAAUCCCUAACAGAUAAGAGCGUUGCUGUUGCACCAGGCCAGUUACUAAAACAGAUGAUUCAAGGGACAGAGAUAACGCCAUCGCAUCUCAAACAAAGUAUUCAAGAUACGGUUGCUCGGAAACGGAUUUCUAUGGACACAUUGACAGAUAUAUAUUCGUUCGCUGUACACAGGCCAUAUGAUGACUUGCGUGAAGAGAAUAUAGAGGAAUCAAUGGGAUAUUUGAGACGCUUUCGCACGUUUGAUAAAUAUUUUGCUGAAACUCACACAUAUAGGAAAGCAAAAGACUAUCUAGAGAAGUACAAUAUUGUCGUUUUAAAUGGACCACUGGGCUGCGGGAAAACUCAGAUUGCAAAUCAUUUAAUGUUUCAAACAUCUUCCCAAAAUAGAACUGUGCAUAAGAUUAGAUCAUCGGAGGAGUUUUUGUUUGCGGAUCCCAAAGUGCAAUCGCUCGUUUUUAUUGAUAAUAUAUUUUACGAUAAUAUUCUCAACUACGAUCUGGAAAAUUGGUGGAAAACCUUAGAAGACUGUUUCAAUAACUGUGCGAGACAGGAAAGAGAGGGCGUUACAACGGGACCCAUUGAUCCGUUAAAAGUCAUAAUUACUGCAAGGGAACAUGUAAUUGAAAACGCAUGUUCGUUUAUGGAAACAUCCACGCCUCUUUUCAAUGAGAAGUACAUAAUUUCUGGGGAUGAUUUUCGCUACAGCGAUGAAGAAAAAGAGUUAAUUUUUAGAAAACAAAUGGAGUAUGCAGAGAAAGAAAAACAUAUACCUCCACAUAGAAUUGACGCACAUUUUUUGAAAGAAAUCCUGAGUUCAGAGGGUCCAAUUGCAUUUCCUUUGUGCGCCCAUUUAUAUGCAUGCAAGGAAGAAUAUAAAAGACGUGGCGCAAGAUUCUUUUCAUAUCCGAUCGAAGUUCUAAAACUUCAGACUGAAUUUGAAAUAGAAAAUGAUAGGAGUUGUAAAACCAAAACAUUGUUUUUCGUUUUAUUUCUUUUGGAAUGGCAUUUGAAAAAGUAUGAUCCAUGUAGGAAACUGGAUUUGAAUAGCGAAAUUCUUUGCAGACGAUUUGUGAACUCUUAUUCAACAUAUGCUAUGCAGUAUUUCAGUCCUCUUGAUUUUAAAGGAUUGUCAACUAUUGCUCGCAAGUUAACUGGUCCUUUUUUCAUCGAAGUAGAGAAAGGUUUCAGGUUUGUUCAUGACAGCGUUUAUGAAGCAGUCGGAGAGUUUUUUUGUGAAAAGUAUUUUGAUCAAACGACACAGUGCUUUCCUUUGGAUGUUAUAGGUAAUCAGGAAUAUGCAUCUCUGACAGAGAAGCAAACACAAACACUAGCUUUGAGGUUUCUGUAUGAGGCUUUAAACCAGAAUCUAUCCAAAAUAUACACUUGUGACAUUUUUAAAAAGAAAUUAUUUGUGGAUGCUUUUUGCGAAGAAUUGUAUAGGACAGGUGAAAAUGUCGUACGUUGUUUUCUCACGUUAGGCAAUGAUAGCUCCAAUAUUAAACUCCCGUCUAUAUUUUGGACGAGUCGAUGUAAACUUCCCUAUCUGACUGAUUUGUUAUACGAGAUGAUUUUAAAAGACAGGGGAAUUGAUGCAGAAUAUCACAUGUAUCUUUCUCUUUUUGGUGAAUGUUGUACAAGAAGUGAAGAUAUACUGACUACUGUUGAUGGAUUGUUGCAUAAUGCUUUAGAAGAUAUAAAAAAACGAGUGCACAAGUUUGUCGACGAUGAAGGAAACUCUGUUUUACAUCUGAUCAUAAUGUCUGAUAGAUCGGACGCAUGUGUGGCUCAAGCUGUUAAGAAAAUAAUAGAAACCGGUUUAAGCGUUAAUUAUCGCAAUAAAAUGAAAAUAACACCAUUGAUGGUAGCAGUCAAACAUUGUGGGGCAAGAAAAGAUGUGAUACGUCAACUUUGUGAAAAGGAUCCUGAAAUUAAGUUGAGAGACAUUAAUUGUUUUUCAGUAUUCCACCAUUGCCUAAGCUCGGAAAACGAUGAUGAAAGAUGUUUAGAAUAUCUAACCAUUAUUCUCGAGAAAACGAAAAACAAAAGAAUUUUAAAUGAGAAUAACGAAAAUGGAGAAAAUGCGUUGAACAUGGCUGCUAAACAAAGUCGGUACAGUAGAAUAUCGUGUAUUCUGACUCUCAUGGGAAUUGAGGAAGUGAAGGCUACGAGAGAUUUGGAUGGAAACACACCAAUUCAUAAUGCUAUCAAACAUCUAAAGGGCAAGAACAAGAAUCCACUGCUUGCCAGACUUGAGUGCUGUGUGAGAAUCAUUCUUUUCCUUGUCUGUGGUGUUGACCCAAAUCAGAUCGCAGAUGACAAAAAAAGAGCAAUUGAUUUGUGCAAUGAUGAAUGUGUAAAAUGCAUUUUAGAAGCCCAUCCAUCCUGGAAAGGUGCAGAAAAAGUAUUCAUUACAUUAUUUAAUGAAAUUGAAUCAAAAUUUAAGCAGAAAAAAAAAAUCACGAAUCGUGUCCAAUUUCCAGCAAAUAUACCAAAUGAAUUGAAAAGUCACAUCGAAGAAGCAGUGAAAUAUCUAAGAAAUGCCGAUUUUGAAAGGACAGAAAUGAUUACUUAAUCUACUUCUGCUAUACAAUAUUUGAAAUUGACCAAAAUGUCUUUCGGAUGUGUAAAACGAUCACCAUUCUGCAUCAUGCCAAACCUUAAUACAGUACAUGUGCUGUUACGUAUAGUCAAAAUAUGUAAUCAUGAUUAGUGUAUGCUUUUCAUUCUCAUUUCUUGUGGAAAAAUAUAUAACAUUUUCUUGUGGAGAGAUUAAACAUUCCCUUUUAUAUAUAUUUGAGUUUUAUUGGUUUGAUUACAGAGCGAUUCUGUAGAGUUAAUAACUUCUAUUGAUCAUUACAUCAACCCCAAAACAAAGAAUUCGUUGCGAUGUCAAGCUAAAGUAUGAAGAUUCUAGCGACUUUAGUAUUCACUUUUUAUUAUGUGCAAUUCAUCUUAGGCUUUUUCAACAUGUUUGUAUAAUUAAUUUGUAUUGAUAUGUUUGUAUGUUCGAAAACCCCGGGUAUCACUGAUCGAAAGAACUGUGUUGAAUAAAGUAUUAUUAUUAUGUAG